AUGCUAUUCCAUGAUCUUGCCGCAAAUCAAUGCACAGUUACUCCGCCCCAAAGGGACCUCCUGAUGAACGCUCCGUCGUCGAGCUGGAGCGCGCCCAAGGUGUCUCGGCUGUGGUCCGCCAAGGGCGACGAGCGCUGCUCGCCCCCGCGCUCGGACGACUACAAGGAUUGGUCGCUGUCGCAGCUCAAGCGCGAGAUCACGCAGCGCCAGCUCAAGACGAACCCGCGCCGCCGCAACAAGGAGGCCUUCGUCAAGGUGCUGCUCUCGCACGACCAGGAGCAGACUCAGACGCAGCCGCAUCAGGCUCCGGCUCAGUCUCAGCCUCACAACCAGCAGCAGGCGCUCGAGCCGCCGCUGGAGGAGCCCGUGCUCUUCGUGCCCACGUCCACGUCGGAGCUGCAGAACAUCUACGUCAAUAGCGGAGACCAACAGCAGCCGCAGCAACAGCCCCACGAUAUCUACGGCAAUAACAACUCGGGCCAGCCCCAUGACAUCUACAGAGGUGAACAGCAGCAGCCACAGCAACAGCAGCAGCAGAUUCAGACACAGGACGUCUACCGAGACAAUAGUGGACAGCAGCCACAAGACGUCUACAGGGACAAUAGUGGACAGCAACCUCAGCAGCCGCAGGACGUCUACAGGGACAAUGCUGGACAGCAGCAGCAACCACAUCAGCCUCAGCCUCAGCCUCAGCCUCAGGAGAUUUAUGUGGAUCAUCAACAGCACCAGCCGCAGCAGGGUACUUAUGUGAGUACGGCGGCGCAGCAACAGCAGCAGCAGCAGCAACAACAGCAGCAGAUUUUCGCCAGUGUUGGGAUGAUGCAGCCUGCGCCGUUGACUCCGCCUGUGUCCAUGCCGCAGCUUCAAGCUCAAGUGCAGAACCAGACUCACACGCAGACCCCAGUGCCGGUUGCAGUGAUGUCCGUGCCUGCCCCCGCUCCUGCUCCGGUUACUGUUCCUGCUCCCAUCCCUCCGGCCAAUGAAGUGGAGGUUGAGACUCCUCAGAGUUUCCAGUCGACAAUCAAGAGACAAAGGGUGGCGAGCGCAAGGCAGGAGAAUGACGGGGGAGAACAUGGCAAUGCUGCUACGACGCCGGAGGUGGCGCGACCUGGGAGUUCGAGCACGCAACAGGUCGGGAAGGGGUCGACGGAGUAUCUGAGAAGGAAACUAAGUAUCCAAGCUGCGCGUCUGGAGGUCGAAAGCCGGCGUUUGGACCUUGAAACCAAGCGCGAACAGCGGAAUAGUGAGCUGCAUGCGGUGCAACUCGCGUUGGCGCAGGAGCAGCUCCAGCAGGCGAAGAUGACGACGCAGAAGAUGAAGACGGAGUGGAUGGUGGAGCAAAUGAUUCAGAAGAAGCGGCUGAACGAUGCCGGGAUCUCGCAGGAGGACUCGGCUGCCCUUGGAGUGUACCUGUCGUGA